AUUUUCCAGAUGAAAUAUGUCUGAGAGUUCAGAGGAUGAGGCUGCCGAGGUUCAAGGAGAUGGAGAUGAUACUAAUGCAAUACAACAGGUUGGAGAACUUGUAUCCAUGAUAAUGAACUCGAUCCCUGAUGUACCGGUACCUGGAGGAGCUGGAGUUUCUGAACCUCUCCCACCCCUGGACUCAUUCCCUAAACCAUCACAACAACCCCUGACACCCUGUGAUCCUGGGACCUGUCCUAGUUCCUUCAUAACCGAGGCUAGAUCUUUGUUCAGCUACUACCAACAUUGUCUUAAACUCAUCGAGGUCAGCUCAAGUCCUGGGUUUAAUGAAUGGGAAUGGUUGGAUGCCUGUAUGGAACGAAUGGCAACACAUCCUAGAGUAUCAGAUAAGAUGAAAAUGAGAUACUUCCUGCACAACAAGGACAACGCUGAAACCUUCCGUCUGAUCCAGAAGAGGUUCAAGCUCAACCUUGACGAACAGUUCUACAUGGGGAAGAUGAAUCUUCUUCAUAUUGCUUGUGACUCAGGAUGGGCAAACUUAGCCAGAGAACUUGUAUUGGUUGAAGGUAUGGAUGUAAACCUACCCUGUCCUAGUAUCAACAUGAGACCUGGAAACCUUACUCCUCUCAUGCUGGCCAGCGGAGCAGGGCACAGGAAUGUUGUUGAGGUUCUGGUUCAGAGAGAUGACUUAAUCCUGGACCAGAGAGAUAAAGAAGGAUUCACAGCUUUAUUUCACGCUUGUAAUCAUGGAACUAACAGGGUUGGAGAUCAGCAUGGAUAUUUCAGACGGCUUUGGUCUUGGGACCUAAGUGCGGAACAGCUCAACAGUAUGGAACGAAUAGCGCGAGAAAAUUCUCAAGAUAUUCUUAGAAUUCUAAUAAUAAACGGCAGUGAUCUCAACGCCAAGGACAAUACUGGCGCUACAGUGCUCUAUCGCGCGAGCACGGUGGAAAACUUUCAGGACGUGAUCAAGUUCCUACUAGAGGUCGGCUGCAGGGUUACACAGAAUAAUCUCAGCUGGAUCAGGGUUAAGAACCCCGACCUCACAGAGUUGGUCGAAUCAGAACUUCAAAAUCCGCGCAGUUUGAUGCGUCAGAGUAGACUCGUCUUGUGGAAGUGUUUACGCAAUUCAAGUUCAAAACAGAAAUUUUAUUCAAAACUAGAAAGGUUGGGAGAAAACAAUGGACUUCCGUUUGUUCUAAUAGAUUAUCUAAACUGCAGAUGAAAAAGAAGUGUAUCAUUAUAUAAUGUCUUAAUAAAUCCAACCCUAAGAGAUAAAAUUAUUCUGUAAGGGGAAGCCAAACAUUUGUCUCUUUUUUAUAAUGUUGUGAUGUAAAUUGUAAAUUUUCUUUAUUAUUUAUUUCUAUCAAAAAUUAUGACUUAAUGAAAAAAUACCAAUGAAAAAAUACCACAGACAGUGUGGGUUUCCAAUUUAUUUAAGUUAUUAUUGUUAUUAUUCUGUACAUUGCUGUCGAUAUUGACAGCUUCUCUGUAAAUUUAAUUUAAUUUAUAAAAUGUAGUUAACUUAUUUAAGGGACUGUGGACUUAAUUCCAAGUGACUCUCCAGUUGUAGAAUGGCAUGUUCGAUUCAAGAUUGAUGUGGAUCCUUUUAACCCUUAGUCCGAUCAGAGAUGAAUAUUAACCUUUUCUUUUUUUUCUCCUCUAAAAAUUGAUAUUUUUAAUUAAAA